AAUAAAAAGAUGGCCGCUUCUCACUUUUUCAAACACAAGAAAAGAACAAGGAAGCUGUUGGAACAUACAAGCAUACAGUUCUUUACUUAGCUAUAGAAUCACAAUUGAACACUACUUGGACAUUAGUUUUGACAUUUAAGUUGUGCCUUUUAACCAACUUUCUUCAAUCAACUACCAAUCGUUUGUUGGAUUACUGGAAUCCAUCCUUUGUCUGAUACUACCUGCUGGAACUCCAGCUCAUCCACUGCAAAAAAGGUGAAGGUCUGAUCAGACCACUAGAUGGCGUUAAAGUCUUAGAUCUGACAAGAGUUCUGGCUGGACCCUUUGCUACUAUGAUAUUGGGAGAUUUGGGAGCAGAAGUGAUCAAAGUUGAGCGACCAGGCUCCGGAGACGACACGAGAGCUUGGGGCCCUCCGUUUGUGGGUGAAGAGAGCGCUUAUUUUCUGAGUGUGAACAGGAACAAAAAGAGCAUUGCUGUUAAUCUUAAAGAUCCAAAGGGGACCAAACUUGUAACUGAGCUUGCCAAAGUCUGUGAUGUUCUGGUGGAGAAUUACUUGCCCGGGAAGCUGAAAGAGAUGGGACUCGGGUACGAGGAGUUGAGUGAAGAAGCCCCUCGACUCAUCUAUUGCUCUAUUACAGGAUAUGGACAGACGGGCCCAGAGUCACACAAGCCUGGAUAUGACUCCAUUGCGUCCGCGGUGUCUGGUAUGAUGCACAUCACUGGUCCUGAGGAUGGGGAUCCAGUCAGACCAGGAGUCGCUAUGACGGAUUUGGCCACUGGUUUAUACGCUCAUGGAGCCGUCAUGGCUGCUUUGCUCCAGAGACAGAAAACAGGACGAGGCCUUCAUAUAGACUGCAAUCUUCUGUCUUCACAGGUUGCGUGUCUGACUCACAUCGCUGCCAACUACCUCAACGCUGGUUUAGAGGCCAGGCGAUGGGGAACUGCCCAUGGGAGCAUUGUCCCAUAUCAGGGUUUCAAGACCAAAGAUGGAUAUUUGGUUGUGGCAGCGGGAAAUGACCAGCAAUUUAUGAAAGUGUGCAAAGUCCUGAGCAUGAACGGUCUGGCCGAAUGCCCCAAGUACAAAAGCAACCAGUUAAGAGUCCAGCACCGCAAAGAGCUGCUGCACAUUCUGUCUGAGAGGUUCAUGGAGGACACGACCGGAGAGUGGUUGAGACGGUUCGAAGGAACCGGUGUCCCCUGUGGCCCUAUCAACAGCAUUCAGCAGGUGUUCUCCAACCCUCAGGUUGCUCACAAUGGCCUUAUUCUGGAAAUGGACCACCCAACAUCGGGAAGGAUAGCAGUGCCAGGCCCUGCUGUGCGCUUCAGUAGUUUUGAGUCCCGCAGCCCGGCUCCUCCCCCUGUGAUCGGCCAGCACACGGUCCAGGUUCUCCGAGACACCCUGGGGUACGGCGAUGACGUCAUCGCCCGACUGCUGGCCUCACGGGCCGUCACUCAGCACACGGUGCAGUGAGAGGGAGAACUCCUCAAACAUUUCGGCAGGAAAAGAAAAAUACUGCCUUCCUUCUCGGCUCAGUGGAAAUAAUGGUUGCGAUUAAACUGAUGAAUGUCCAUCAGAGAGGAAACUGCAAAUGUAAAAAUAAUGACAUAACGACGCAUUCAGUUCACACGUAAGAUUGUGCGCUGCCAAAUGACUUCCUUCUUUAUAUGAUCAAUAAUGUGUAGAUACUGUAUCCGUACUGCGUGUUCGGGGUUAUGGGACGUUCCCUCAGGUCCUUGAAAUCCUUGAAAGUUUGUGAAUCAGGGAAAAAAAAAUAUUCAAGGCCCUGGAAAGUUUUUGAAACUAAUCAUACAUUGAUACAGGUCCUUGAACUUAUUUUGUAUGAAAAAAAAAUCCAUAUUAUAUUAUUCCGGUCCACUAAUAUGUUAUUUCGCCAACACUUUGUGGCCUGUGCACACUAGCUUUGCUUGAUUAUCGUUAGUUACGCUUAUUUCUGCGGUACGUUAAGUGUUUCCCGCGUGGGGUACUUUGUGUUGUACUUGACGUUCACGCAUGGACGAAACUACUAUGAUGGUACCUGAACGUUUAUUGUUGGACAAAACAAAUGUGUCCCCACAUUAAGUCCCUAAAUUUGAGUGUAUUGGACCUGGAAAGUCCUUGAAAGGUCAUUGAAUUUGAAGUUACUCUCAAACACUCAGGCCAUAUUUAACCCAGAAAUCAAAAGGAAACAUAUUGUGUGAAAUGAUUGCCUAAAUGCAUUCGUUUAAAAUUAAAGAUCAUUGUGAUCUGCUUUUUUUCAUUGUGACAUCAUUCUGAUGUCAUCGGCACCAAUCGAUUGAAAAAAAAGUGUAAUUUAAUAAAGUGUACGGUUAGAUUUUUAGUAUAUAUAAUUUGUACAGAAUAGCAAAAAGUUUGUGAAAAUGUGGUAAAAUCCCAUGAAACAUACAUUUGUUUUCAUUAUGAGGUGAAAUAAGACGAGACAUUUAUUUGUGAGAUUCACCCAUACCGUUACUAAUUAUUAUUCAGCAAUCUUUUCAUACGCUCAACAAAUUGCAAUGUAAAAAAUAUGCUGUAGAUAAUUUCAUGAAAUGGCACCUUUUCCAAUUUAAUAAGGUGAUUACUAUUAUUAUUUUUUUUUACAUUAGAGACACAUACAGUAAGAUAACAAGCAAACUAAUCCUCAUUGCUUUACAGCAUCUUAAAUCCUGGCCCUUCUGGAAAGGUUUGUGUUUUGAAUAAUACAACAUAUAACAAAGUCAAUUUUCCAUGUUCAAUAAAAUCACAAUGCGUCUAA